GGUAACUCAGCAGAAACUUAUUUUUAUAGGAGCGCAAAAAUGAAAUAAUUAUUAUAUUACAUUGUAAAUUUAUUUUCUCAGCUGCUCUGCUAUCAUUUCAAAAAAAGUGUUUCUCUGAUAUCUAAAUUAGUACCUAGACCUACUUACUAGUUACCUACAAUAGUACGACCUAAGCAGGCUAUGUUGUACAAAAGUGAACUAAAAGUGCUCCAAUUAUGAAAAAUGCAAUCGACGGAAAUGAAGAAGAAAAAGGAAGAAUUAUUCUUACAGACAAGAGUAUUCCAACUGAGAAAAAUGAAGAAAACAAAUUCCUAUCGACUAAUUCAGAAGAACAACAAAAUUUACUAAAAUCUGGAAUCGCAUUUCAUCGACCUAACCGGUUACAAGUAUUUUCCAGUUACAAAUGGUAUAUCUGCGUGUACUCCUUAGUUUCGGUUGCAGAUCUUACACAAUCCUCUUACUUCUUCGGCACGUUGAGCAGCAUAGAGAAAAAUUUCGAAAUGUCGGCGACGAUGUUGGGAAUACUGAAAUCAACGUUUGAACUCGGAUACCUAGUGACAAGUAUUUCUCUAGGGUACUUUAUCGGCAAAGGAAAUAAAAUUCGUUGGAUUUCCACAGCUCUAUUAAUCAGUGGGAUUUUCAGUCUAGUAAGAAUCGUACCUCAUUUUAUCGAUACCAAGACUUUGAAUAAAUCGCAGAGUAGUGCUCAUGAAAACAGUAAUGGAACGUGGUUUGAAACAAAUUUCAAUUUGACGAUGUACUCUUUUUACUUUUUUAUCGUUGCUCAAUUGAUGACUGGAAUGGGAAGAGCUAUUGUGAAAAACUCCGGAUUAACUUAUCUAGAUCAUAAUACUCGGAAAAAUUCGUUUCCUGUAUUGUAUGCCAUUGUCAGUACUGUAGGAGGUUUAGGGCGUCCACUGGGUUACUUAAUUUCAUUUUAUACCCUCAAAGUAUACGUUUUUCCAACUGAAUCGUCGAAUUAUACGAACAAAAGUCAUCAGUGGAUAGGAGCGUGGUGGCUUGGUUGGAUUCCAAUAUCUGUUUUAUGUAUUGUUCUUUCUGUGAUGAUAUCACUUUUUCCGAAACGUCUGGCUGCAGCAGAAUCAAAAAAAAUGAAUGUCCAUCCACGAAAUAACAAUAAUGAAAUAUCAGUUUCUGAUUUUUAUACUUCGUUUAAAAGAGUUCUCGGAAAUAAAAUCGCAGUUUUGGAUAUCUUGGGAGCAGUGGCGGCUCAAAUAGCAUAUUCUGGAUAUGAAUUAUUUUUACCUAAAUAUUUAGAAUCCCAAUACGGUUUAAGCGCUUCGUUGAGCAGUUUCUUCUUAGCUGUUGAGAAUCUUAUCGAAGGGUCAGCUAGUAAACUGUUAACUGGAAUUGGUAUUUCUAGAUAUAAGCCUAAAGCGAGGACAUUGAUAAAAUACUUUAUAAUCGUCAAGUUUAUAGAAGUUUGCGUUCAAGCGUCUUUCAUUUUUAUCUCCUGUACCCAACCAAAGAUUCAAGGAAACUGGGUGCAAGAUAACAGUUUAAAUUUGACAACCGAGUGUAAUAUUAAUUACGCGUGUACUCAGAAAAUGAAACAUUCGCCAGUAUGUAAUGUAAAAUAUGAAUUACUUUUUUACUCAUCCUGUCAUGCUGGGUGCUCUCCUACAUCAAACGAGCAAGAUAGCAAGGUCCAUAUUAAUUGCAGCUGUGUACCUGAUUUUGGAUCUGUAACUGAAGGAUUAUGUCCAACUGAUUGCAAAUCAGCUGUGAUUCUAUUUUUAAUCGUGACUGCUGUAUUGAAAUCUUGCCUUCUCAAUCCUAUCCGCUUCAGCCACACAGUUCUUCGCUACAGAAUUGCCGACGAAGAAGAUAAAUCUUUACAUUAUGGUAUACGAAAAUUUUUUCCAGCUUUGUUUGGUCUCCUAUCUUCAAUAAUUUACGGAUCUUUAAUAGAUCAGUCUUGCGUGCUGUUUGAAACUACCAAUCAUGGGAGAGGACAUUGUCUGAUUUACGAUUUAACCAAAUUGAGAUUCGUAGUACAUGCAUUCGUCAUAGGUGGCCUUAUCAUGAACAUUAUCCUGGAAACAUUUUUAUGGUACUAUGCAAAAGAUUUGAAGAUGUACGAUGAAGAAUUACAGAUGAAUAAAUACAAAUUACAAACUUUGGACAAAAAAAUGUGAAACUGAGCGUUCCUUUAAUACCUACCUUAAGACAUAAAAUUUCGAGCAUGUAAAAAAAUUGCAUCCAAUUUGCUAAAUAAUUUUUCACAUUAGAUAUUUAAUUGGCAUACGCGGGUAAUUGAAGUUUUGAUCAAGUUUGGCUUAUAACUUUACCCAAACGACAACGUUCGAAGUUGUUGAAUUACACCAAAAAAUGGACAAAUUAAUUUUUUUGUGAUUUGAAAUACGAGUAGGUACUUUUUAGUAGUGGUUUAGAAACUAAAAUAAAUUUUUUAUUAGCAA